CCAACUUAUAAUUGCGCUUUAUUUUAUAAAAUUAUUAGCGUAACAAUAACCCAUUUUUUGUAGUUUACGUUUGCACAAGCUAAAGGUUUCUUUUCUUCUUUUUUUCUUUUUCGAACGGAUGCACGGACGGGUGUGGACGUCGUAUGGAGUGGCAUUUAUGUUUAUAACACUGCCUCUGCGGGAAAAUCGCCAACACAACAUGGCCGCUGGUCGACCAGGGAACGGUCCGGUACCUGGCGAUUUGGACAACGAAAUUCGAUCAUGGGUGCCGCUGUCUCUAACCCACGUCGAAUACCCUGCAGGUGACUGGCUGGGGAAGACUUUAGCCUAUAUUUCCCUGUCACCAUUGGUGAUCUUGGUGUCAUUUGGAACGCUAGUCAUUUUUAGAAGAGAUUUGCACACGAUCACAUUCCUGUGCGGCACUCUACUCAGUGAGGCCAUAAACUUUGUACUUAAGCAUGUAAUUAAGGAAGCGAGGCCAUACAAAGCUCGUGAUAACUUCACUGAGUUCGGUAUGCCAUCCAGUCAUUCUCAGCUCAUGUGGUUUGUGGCAACAUAUCUGGCUUUCUUCGUUAUUGUUCGGUUGCACCAUGGCAAUAGCAGUUGUCCUUGGGAGAACCUUUGGAAGUGUACUGUGAUAAUCUGCUGGUUCCUGCUGGCAGGAACUGUUUCAUACAGCAGAGUGUACCUGGAAUACCACACAUGGGCACAGGUGUGCUGGGGAGCUUUGAUAGGCUCUGUGCUUGCCUGCCUCUGGUUCUGCAUAACCCAGUUCAUACUCACACCGCUCUACCCUCGAAUUGUUUCCUGGUACCUCAGUGAAUUGCUCAUGCUGAGAGACACCACUCUGAUUCCUAAUGUGAUGUGGUUCGAAUACACCUCCUACAGAGCAGAGUCAAGGACAAGGCAACGGAAGCUUGUGUCCAUGAAGUCUCAGUGACAUUGGGACACUCGCCUGCGCAGGCAUUCCUACACAUGUCAUCGGAAUGAAGGGAUGACAACACGACUAAGUCUUUUUCUGGGGGGACUGGGGCGGAUGCGAAAAGUGCAAUGAAGACGUCUGUCAACAGAGGCGAGCAGAUCACUCCAUGUUUCAGGUGUUAUGCUUGUGAAGGAAUGGGUGGCAGUUACAUGUCUACUUCGUAUCAAAUGUGCCAGUGUGUGUGCAAAGAGUGCAGGCAUGAUAGACAUUGCGACAUUGUCUGCAUCUGCUCCCUCAACUUUUGCAUAUAUCGUUCUGCCCUGUCAUUAACCUUAUGUAUCUUCAGAACCAUUGGUCCAACGAUGAUCUCCACAUAUUUUGAGACUGGUUGUGGCAAAGGAAUAAAGCCAAGCCUUUUCAUCCAUCACCUUUGUGUGUGUGCAUCACUUCGAUUGUUUUGUCUUGACUAUACCCUCAGUCUUAGGGGAUGCUUCCUUUACUGAUAUGCUUGAUAGCUUGGCUCAAAGUAUUGGUCUAAUAGAAAACUGGACUAACAGUGUGCAUCAUUUUCUGUUUCAAAUUGGCCUGAAUGUUUGUUGUAAAAAAAAUUUGGGGAAGUGAGGGGCUUAUUUUAAGUGAACCAACCAUUGAGGAAGCGAAGUCUGAACACCCUAGGAAAUGGUGGGGAAUUUGUGUUAAUUGCAAGCAAACUUGAAUUUCAUGAUUGUUCUUGUUCAGGAGAAUGAAAAAAGGUAAAGAACACAUCUGGUGCAUGUCACAGAAGGUCUGUUGAACAUCUUGCUGCGCUACCUCGUGUUGAUUCGAGAUAGCGACAUUCGAGGAGCAUUUUGCACGUCUGUGCUGUGUAUGUUUUAAGUGCCACUUUACUUUUCUAACCUACAAUGUUUACAAUGGCUUAAGGACAUCUAGAGCAUUCAGAGAAAUGUUGCUUAACCCUUUAAGUGGCACGUGGAGAAUUUAAAUGUGGCACAACGUUACCACUGAUGCACAGUUCUAAUUUUACAGCAACAGUCUUGCGUCAUAUUUAGUGCUUGUGGCUGACAGUGCCAUAACAGGCAGCAAAAGAUGGGUGCACAAAGAAUAAAUGACAACAGAAGGAAGACGACUGUGAAGCCAUUAUUUUGCAUGAAAUAUGACGACUACCUCUUUGGGUCAUUGAAAGAGCUGCUGUUAAAAAGAUUCUCCACUAAGCCUUUACAUUUUUUGCACUGUGCUUUAAUAUCGUCGUCCUCAUGCCCAACACUGCAUAUCAAGAAAACUGGAGACUAUGAUCAUCAAGUUCAAAUGCAGGAAUGCUACAUUUGAAAUGGCUCUGUCUGCAGCCACCAGCGGGAAUAGAUCUCGAAUAGAUCGGCUUUCUUAUUGCUGGAGGCAAGGAGUGCUGCUGUUCAACACCUAUGCAGCAGAGUGCUUGUCUAGUUUACUGUGAACUGUGAAAGUGCAGUAGAAUUAAUGGAAAUUGAAAGUUAAUAGCUAUGUCAUUUAUUCUUAAUCUGCAAAAGAAAAGGGGGAGGGCACACAGUAACGGACGAUGGCAUUUUCUAAUAUUUUUUUCUUCUAAAUUUUAACUGGCACUUAAAGGGUUAACAUGUGUGCAUAAUGUAAGAGUUACCAGUAACACCAUGUGAAGCUGGACAAGCACAUUUUCUUUAUUUAAAUUUUAAACAACUACCCCGCCUGUGGCAAGCAAAUACUGCCUUUUAACCUGCUGCCUUUGUUGUUGAGCUUUUUAUAUCCAUUUAGUAUAUCUUAGUCACUAAUUCUCAAACAAUUCUGAAUAUCUACUUGACAGAAGGAACUAUGAUGCACCUCCGCACAAACUUCAGGAUUGUAGAAAGUUGGUUAUGAAUUUUUGAUCUUCGUAAAACUUGCAGAGUACACAACUGAGAGAGGACUACGCAGACAAGCAAAACGUAUAUUAGGCAUUGACUGUGUACUGUUUGAAACGAGUGUGUUACUGAACAUUGUUCUGUAUUCAGUGUACAGCAUUUCAACACCACCUUGAGUGAUGUCCUAGUUUAAUAUUUCCUGGACCAUUUUCGUAAUUUGAUGCACCUCUAACAGUCUGCUUUUGUACUCUAUUGUUUCAGAAUGAGAUUAUGCAGACUGUUCCAAUUUGGUUAUUGCUCAUAAUGAUGAACAUGGCACUGAACAUUUUUUGCUCAUUUGAAAAACAUGCAUCAUUCCAAUGCCUUCUGUCGCUGAGAAACUCCCAAUUUUUUAUUGCUUUCUCAUGGCAGUUAACAACCCAUUAUACCAUGUUAGGUUUUGGCAAAAAGUCCAUUGAUCUUGAUCUUAAAAAUACAUUAAAAUAUUUUCUGGUAAAAAUUUUCAUCCUCCCAAACUUAAUCAGCACAGACAUACCUUGUACCAGUAGUACUCAAAAUGGAAAGUGCAAAGAUGAUUAGGCAUGGAUAGUAACAACUGUGAACAAAAAGAGUAUCUUGUCUGAACAUGUUUAUCAUACAAGUUUAAACGUUUGCCAUUGAAAGUAAGCACAUUCUUUUUCCAGUUUAAAAUCUAUGUAAUAGCAUUUGGAUGGUUAGACUAGACAAUGUCAGGGCAUAAAUUUUCACGGGCGAAAUAUUUUUGAACAGCAUUCAGUCACACAGGCCAUAGCAGUUUUGAUGGAUCUUUACUGUCUGUCACUAUGCUAGUUCAUAAUAAUGUAUAGCAUAACCUAACCAUUGGAGGGGGGUGGGGUUGCAGCUGCAUAUGUGGAGGCUUGUAAGCACAAUUAUGAUUACACAUUUUCAGGUUACAGAAAGAAAGCCUAAGAUGCCCCCAUCUGUUUCUAAACUACUACAAGCACAUGUUAAAGCUACUGUUUCUCAACAGUAAUGAUACGAGCCUACCCAGAGAUGAUAUGGGCCGUGAGAACUAUGCAGUAGCUAGCAUCAUUGACCCCAUCAUUCUGGUAACUUCCAUGCCGUCCAAUGACCAGCUCUCUUCCGUUAAUUCAAUGCUUAUGUCCAGGGGUCAAUAAAUGAAAGUCAUAAAUGAACUAAGCAUGCUUCCAUCAAUGACAGGAACUUUUGUUAAGUAUGCUUGUACUUAUUCAGUGCUAAUGUCUGGGGGUCAGUAAAUGAAAAUGACGAACCUUAGGCAUGCUUGUAUAUGUUACAAGCUGUAAUGCACACUGUAACAGAUACAAGCAUGUAGCCCUGUAUACAAAUAGGUGUGCAUAUAUGUAAACUGUAUGCCUGUGCUUAUUGUAAAUAUUUCAUGUGAUUAAAGUUGCUUUCAGCAUUA